AUGUCCAAGGAGAAAUUCGAAGACUUGGAAUUGCUCCAAACACAAUUGAGUGUAUCUCUUGGGCUGAUUCGAUCGACUGUAAACGACUGGCUGCCUCCUCCGAAACCCGGUGAAGAGGAAGAAGAAGACGUUAAGGAUGAUACGGACGAGUUAUUGGUAGCUAGAGGAGGUUCUUUGUCUAAUCAAGGUUUAAGUGUUUUGGUUGGUAAGCGCAUCGCCGAGAGCAGAUUAAAACGAAAACUGACAGCUACACGGACACACACCGUGCAUGACAAUUACAAUAGCAAAGAGUCACUGCAGCAAGAUGUUGACGACGAGGAUGAAGAUAGCAAGACAUUGUCUACAGCUUCAAAGAGACCAAGGCAAUCUGGUAUAUCGGUGGUGAACUCUCCCUUGUUAACUGAUAUUUCGCAGAACACCAAAGCCGAGAAUGAAGACCAAAUAAACAGUAGCGCCGUAAACAGAGACUUUUUCUCGCUAUACAUAACUGCCAUUAGUGGAGUCGCUGAUGAGCAGCAGGAACGGACGAGCGAUAACGAUAAUAACAAUGAGAAAGAUACGCCAAUUGAGAACAAUAGCGAGGCAACAAGUAAUACUACCAGAGCUGAUUAUAGAGAAUUGAUGCAGAGAGCGUUGAAGUUUUCCGCAACUAAAUCGGUAUCGAAAUCAACUUCCAAGUCGUAA